UAUUACAUCUAUACAUUUUUCUCUCCUUUUGUGGCAUGUAACGCAGCUGAAUAGAACACACACACUCCUCACCCCAGACAGGAUUUGCGUGUUACAAUUCAUCUGAAGUUGAGAUUAUCCUCCCACUACCCCUAGUACCCCCUAAAGACAGUAUGUUGUAGUCCUGAACCCGUGCCCCAGACAUCGUGGACAUCAAGCCAGUGAACAUGGAGGAUCUGACAGAGGUGAUAACAGCAGCAGAGUUCCACCCUCACCACUGUAACCUGUUGGUCUAUAGCAGCAGUAAGGGAACUCUACGGCUCUGUGACAUGAGAGAGGCCGCACUGUGUGACAAACACUCCAAACUGUUUGAGGAGCCGGAAGACCCCAGUAACCGCUCCUUCUUCUCUGAGAUCAUCUCGUCUGUGUCGGACGUGAAGUUCAGCCACAGUGGGCGCUACCUGCUGACCAGAGACUACCUCACUGCCAAGGUGUGGGACCUCAACAUGGAGAACAAGCCCCUGGAGAUAUACCAGGUGCAUGAAUACCUCCGCAGCAAGCUUUGCUCCCUGUACGAGAACGACUGCAUCUUCGACAAGUUUGAGUGUGUCUGGAACGGCUCAGACAGUGUGAUCAUGACUGGGGCCUACAACAACUUCUUCCGGAUGUUUGACCGGAACACCAAACGCGACGUGACCCUGGAGGCGUCCAGGGAGAGCAGUAAGCCCCGGGCCGUGCUCAAGCCUCGCCGCGUCUGCCAGGGCGGGAAACGACGCAAGGAUGACAUCAGCGUAGACAGCCUGGACUUCACCAAGAAGAUCCUGCACACGGCCUGGCACCCCACGGAGAACAUCAUCGCCAUCGCUGCCACCAACAACCUGUACAUCUUCCAGGACAAACUCAACCAGGAGAUGCAUGGCUGAGAGAGAGAGAGAGCAGGAUGCUGGAGACAUACACACACACACACACACACUGAUGCACACAUUCAUUCAGACAGUAAGGCAAGCAAGAACAUAUAACAUAUGCACACACACACACACUCUCUCUCUCUCUCUCUAGAUGACAGGGAGACGCUGUAAAGACACACUCCACAGUUCUCAGUGGAUGGACCGGUCCACCCUAGGUACCAGACAGGGGGAGCUGGAUAACCCAAUAAGAAUGAUGCUGGAUUAUGGUUUAUGGAAUUCUAAAUCAUGGAUGUGUUGACUGUUGACCUCUGGAUUGUGGCUGAUCUGAUGGUGUUUGUUUUGCUAUUGGUCAUUUUUGCAUUCUGAGGGGUUUGACCUCUUGACAGGAGGAGCUUUCACAUGUGUCUGCCUUUUUCUGAUCAUCUGCCUCUUCCUCUCCUUCCUCUUCCUCCUCACUCUGUUUCUGUACAUGUCUGUGCUCAGUCCUCUCCUACAGUCUGGACUGAUUCUUGACGUUAGUGUAAAAACCCUUUGUGGUUCCUGGUGGUAACUAGUGGAAAUGUUUGCGGAAUGUUUGAAGUCUAAUUCUAGUUUUUUUUUGUUAAAUCAUGUUACAUGUUACAUGAUUUGAAUGAUCAUUAAUGAUGAUGGUAAAAGUGAUGACAAUGACAGUUAAUGGUACACGAGACAUUAGUCAGUAGGACAUUGGGUUCCACAAGGCUGCCUGUCACCCCUAGGUGACAUUUAAUCCUGAUGUUUCAGUUGACUGUGAAGACUGCUGGGGAACUUGGCUGUGUCGUGCUACUUUGCAAUGAAACACAAGGAAUGAAGCAAAAAUCAAGUCCAGCAAUCAAGCAAAAAAAUAUGCUGCAUGAUGGAUUUUUUUUUUGUUUAUAUACAUUUACUGGCUGCCUUUCUAACCAUAAACAGGCUGUAAAAAGGCUUCUGGAGCUCUGCCUCUACACAGCACUAGUUACCAUAGACAACAACAAAGAGCUCUCCUUUUGUUUGUGUUUACCGGACACAAAAAGCAUGUUUACCAGUGUUCACUUUUACGGUGUACAUUUGAAAUGAAGCCCAAAUAAUACAUAGUUUUACAUGAAGAUACUGAACCAGAGGUAUGGGGAAUGUUUUAUCAACGUUGUAAUCUAAACCUUUAAAGGAACGUUUUAUCAGGGUUGUAAUCUAAACCUUUAAAGGAACGUUUUAUCAGGGUUGUAAUCUAAACAUUUAAAGGAAUGUUUUAUCAACGUUGUAAUCUAAACCUUUAAAGGAAUGUUUUAUCAACGUUGUAAUCUAAACCUUUAAAGGAACGUUUUAUCAGGGUUGUAAUCUAAACAUUUAAAGGAAUGUUUUAUCAACGUUGUAAUCUAAACCUUUAAAGGAAUGUUUUAUCAGGGUUGUAAUCUAAACCUUUAAAGGAAUGUUUUAUCAGGGUUGUAAUCUAAACCUUUAAAGGGCCUGAAUGGUAUCUGCUGUAAAUUCAACUAUUUUUGACAUUUCUAGGUUUGUUGUUUCGGAUAAAGAACCAAGAGUGCAGAGCCGAUCAUCUCUGAUGAUGGUGUUCAUGGCAACAAGAGAGAGAUGAUUAAACUCUUCCCUCUUAGCCUUUCAACAAAUUCAGAAUUUUUUUGAGAAGUUAUUGUUAACUUGUGUAUUUUUUUAACAUCUGUCACUUGUGUUUGAUUUCAUGUCCUGCUGCCCUGGCAUUGAUUCACAUAUUUUGUGUUCAUGUAUUUUCAACGGGAAAAAAAUCUCAUGAACAAUUACGAAUAUGUUAAUGUUAUUUUUUUUCUGAAUAAAGAUUUCAACAAUAUUGC